AUAAAGGGACAGGGAGGUUUUGGGGUGCUUUGAGAGAAGUGGGCAAGGAGAGCUGAGCAUAGAUCUGAGCAGUCAGUAGAGGAGAUUUGAGAGGACUGAACUGAUGAAAGCAAUUUAACUUAAAAGGACUGGGCAUAUCUGUGGGUGUGGAUAUACUGGGUGUUGGGAGAAGAGUGAAGCUGAAAAAUGUGAGAUAUACUCAGUGGAUCGGGGAAAACAUGAGGAGUAAGAGAAGUGAAAACAUAGAUAGUUGGGCGCCAAGUACUAGCAUGGGAAAGAGAAAGGGUUACUUGGAUCUUGAUUAUAGAAUGGGCCAGUAGGGUCACAGACUGAGAUCUAAUAAUGUUUACAGGAGCAACUGGUAGAAUAGAUUUGGGGAAGUAUUUAUGGGUAGGAAAGUGAACUGAGGAAAUAUCUAGAAGCCCACCCUUGGGUAAAUAUCAAGAAGGUUAUGGGAAUUGUUUUGGUACCUGAAAGACAUUAAGUAGGUGCUAUUUAGGGUAUUAGUGGCAGACAGUGACGGUGACAGGAAUGUUUGUAGAUAAUGGAAAGAUAUUUAAGAGAUCAAGAUUAGUAAAUAUUGGGAGUUGAGUUGUUUUUUUUUUAAAUCUUUGGGGGGUGUCCAGUGUGAAAUGUGAGGGAUCAUGUAAACAUUUGGAAGCUCAGGGUUCUAGCCUGGCUUCUGAGUGACCACCUGCUUCCUCCCCGUCUGUGCAUGCCCAGGUUUCGGAAUGAGGACUACACAGUACAUGUGCGGCUGAAUGACUACCUGGACAUCAUCUGUCCUCAUUACGAGGAUGACUCUGUGGCAGAUGCUGCCAUGGAACGGUAUACAUUGUACCUGGUGGAGCGUGAGCAGUACCAGCUAUGCCAACCGCAGUCCAAGGACCAGGUCCGCUGGCAGUGCAACCAGCCCAGUGCCAGGCAUGGCCCAGAGAAGCUGUCUGAGAAGUUCCAGCGCUUCACACCCUUUACCCUGGGCAAGGAGUUCAAAGAGGGACACAGCUACUACUACAUCUCUCACAGUCCUCAGGCCCAUGCCAAUCCACAGGAGAAGAGACUUCCAGCAGAUGACCCAGAGGUGCAAAUUCUACAUAGCAUCGGUCACAGUGCCGCUCCCCGCCUCUUCCCACUUGCCUGGGCUGUGCUGCUCCUGCCAUUCCUGCUGCUGCAGACCCCAUGAAGGUGUACGCCACGUCUAGCAUCAGGAUUGGAACUGGGCUGAGGAGGCAGGGGUAGGCCUCCCUUACCUGCCUGGGGCCCCUCCCAAAGCCCCAGUCCUGGGAACCACUCCCACCACAUGCACAAGCUGCCACCCGGCAGCCUCAAAACGGGUCAGUGUUAAGGGUUUCAACCCAGAGGAGGUUAGCAGGCCUGGCAGGGCCGUCCCCACCUCCACCUCAGAGGGCCGGCCAGAGAAGUGGAGACGGUCCUUUCCCCUCCAUUCCUGCCCUUAAACCAAAGAAACAAGCUGUGCAGAUAUGACCUCUUAAGAAGGGCACUGUGAGCUGAGCUGGAAGGGGUUUGGGGUCCCACGGAUGGACACUGAGCCUGGCAAAGAUGUCCCUCCCGGAGAGAGCCAGGAUGACCAGAUGAACUGACUAAAGGAAAACCAAGAGACAGUUGCCUGCUUGGGAGCCAGGGACAGGAGAGGCAGCAUGCUUGGGCUGACCCAGCAUCUCCCCCAAGACUUUUUUCUGUGGAGCUGCCACAGAGAGGUUGUAGCCAUGUACUGCAUCCUCUCCCAUCCAGGGGCAGCACUCCCCAGAGCUGUGCCAGCAGGGGGGCUGUGCCAACCUGGUCUUAGAGUGUAGCUGUAAGGGCAGUGCCCACAUGCACAGAGUCUGUGUGUAGAGUGUAGCCUGAAGGGCAGGGCCCAUGUGUACAGAACUUGUAUAGGAACUUGCUGUGUCUGUGCUGAUUUCUAUAACUGGAGUUGUUUUUGGUUUUGUUUUUGUUUUUAAUACAAUGUUCUUUGUCUCAAAAUAAAGCAAUGUGUUUGUUUCUUUUGA